UCCCUAAUUCAUAGUCUGUUACGGACUUUAUAGAUAUUCAGAUUAACUUAAUCCUGAUUAUUCUAUUAGAAUUGAGCAAUCACAUUUGUCGUUAAGCAAAACUGACCAGAAAUAACCAAUCAUGGCUGACACUUAACCAUUCGGUUAAGUUAAUUAGAGAUUGUGAGACCAGACCUAAGACCGGACCUAUCACGAAUCAAAGUCCAACAUUGUAACCUCUGCAAGUCGCAGUUCAGUAGGAAGUUGUAUCUCGGUGUUGGAGUCCUACACAAACCUAAUUCAACGUGAUUAAAAACGAAAAACGCUCAAUAUCAUCAUAUUUAGUUCAAAAUGUUCCCUUUACUGAAGAAUUGUUUGGUGGCAAAGCAUGGAAUUAAUUACGAAAUCCUUGUUCGUUGUUCUGGACUAUCUGCAAGCAAGGCCUAUUCUACAAAAAGUAACAAUGGCUCCAAAAAUAUUGUAUUUGUUGAUGGAGUACGGACACCAUUUUUAUUAUCUGGAACUCAAUACAAGAAUCUCCUAGCAUAUGAUCUUGCAAGGCACUCAUUAGUGUGCCUGCAAAAGAAAAUUGACUUUCCCAAGGAGAUAGUUGAUUAUAUCGUAUAUGGUACAGUAAUGCAAGAAGUGCGAACUUCUAAUAUUGGAAGAGAAGCUGCUCUUGCCGCUGGAUAUAGUGAACAUACUCCUGCACAUACAGUAACAAUGGCAUGCAUUAGCAGUAAUCAAGCUAUCACUACUGGUAUGGGUUUGAUUGCUUGUGGUGUUUAUGAUGCUGUUGUGGCAGGAGGAGUCGAGUUUAUGUCUGAUAUUCCGAUCAGACACAGCCGACGCAUGAGAUCUUUGAUGUUGCAAGCUAACAAGGCAAAAACGAUGAUGAACAAGUUGACCCUCCUCGCUAGUAUCAGACCAGCUCAUUUCGUACCUGAUCUGCCAGCUGUAGCUGAGUUUUCAACUGGUGAAACUAUGGGACACAGCGGAGAUCGAUUGGCGGCGGCUUUUGGCGUAUCGCGCAAAGAACAAGACGACUACGCAUUACGCUCUCAUACUUUAGCCGCGCGAGCUCAACAAGAGGGAAAUCUGUCGGAUGUGAUGCCUUUUAAAGUACAAGGUGUCGAUCAAGUUGUGGACAAAGAUAACGGUAUUCGCGUGUCUACGGAAGAGCAAUUGGCAAAGUUGAAACCCGCAUUCGUGAAACCGUACGGGACAGUCACCGCCGCUAACGCGUCUUUCUUGACCGACGGCGCCUCUGCGGCCCUGAUAAUGAGCGAGGAGAAGGCUCUCCAACUUGGUUUGAAACCCAAGGCGUAUUUGCGAAACUUCACUUACGUGUCUCAAGAUCCGGUUGAUCAGUUACUUCUUGGUCCAUCGUACGCAAUACCGAAGAUUCUGAACAAAGCGAAAUUAGAUGUAAAAAAUAUAGGAGUGUGGGAGAUACACGAAGCGUUCGCCGGACAAAUCUGCGCUAAUUUGAAGGCGUUAGAUUCAGAUUUGUUUGCGCAAAAGUUUCUCAAGAAGAGCGAGAAGGUUGGUGUACCGGAUCUGAAUAAAUGGAACGCAUGGGGUGGGUCUUUGUCGCUCGGUCAUCCGUUUGCCGCUACUGGAGUACGAUUAGCGACACACACUGCUAAUAGACUCAUAAAGGAGGAUCAGCAGUUCGGUCUUAUUGCGGCCUGUGCUGCUGGUGGACAGGGAGUUGGCAUGAUCAUGGAGAGAUAUCCUGGCGCAAAAGUGUGACUUUUAGAGGAAUGCAUGAAGUAUUUCAAGAUAAAAUGAAUUAAAGGCAAAUAAAAAGGAAAUCAGAGUUUUUUCCUUUACUAGAGAAAGACAAGAAAGAAUAAUAUGUAAAUAAACGUAAACGUUUAAAAUAAUUGUGAGUAAUAUAAAAGAAACUAUUUUUUAUUAAAUUGUAAUUUGCAAUAAACAUUACAUUGUGUAGGAUUA